CACACGUCAUUGCAAGAGUAGCUUGCACAGGUCGUGACUGAGAGCUAGGGAGCACCCCAGGUCUGAUCAGUUAGCAUCCUGAAUCAUCAAUCCCGUAAGACGGUUUGCUUGGUUGGAAUUGAGCAGUAGCAGCAACAGCAGUAUCAAAUGUGUUAAAGAUGAAGCAUCCAGUAGCUCUACCAGCGACGAUUUGUUCGGAGAUAGCGGCUGCCAUCCAGUCUCUGCCAGGGGGUUCGAGGACUCAUACUUGGAGGUCUUGAAAAAGAACUUGACUUUGAGGACUAUCAGUUACCGGCUCAUGAUGGAAAAGUCUGGACCUGACGAAAUUCAAGAGGUUGUUGCGCCUAGUUUUGAAGAUAACGAAGAUUUGGCAGCGUUGGUACAGCAAUACUUUGAAAGCAUUAUUUCACCGAGCGGCUCUCUCAAAACUGAAGGCUUCCCCAAAUAUGAUUCUUUUUGUUCAUCUCCCUGUGGUCAGAUCUGUUGCAGGAGGGGAUCCAACGGUGGAACACUGACACACGAUUCUAGUUCCUUGUCGCCGCCUUCGAGCUGUGUGAGUGAUCCUUCCAGAACAACUGAAACGGGUUCUCUAAAACCAGCUUGUUUUAGAGAUGACGAAUGCAAGGAUGGCAUGAAGUUGCCACAUGACGGAGAGGGAGGGGAUGAUGCGCCACUAGAUGAUGGACCUUUGAUUGAAAGGAAAAAUUUCUCAUGGGCAAAGAAAAAGAAGGGUCUGAAGAAGGUGACCGAUCCACGACACAUCGUCAAAAGAAGAACCGACUUGGAUAUGGUAGAAGAUGGAUACAAAUGGCGUAAGUAUGGGCAAAAGACAGUGUUGAGCAGUCCUUAUCCAAGAAGCUAUUACAAGUGCACAACUGCCGGGUGUCGUGUUCGUAAGCAAGUAUCGAGGUGCGUCGAGGACAGAGGCCUUGUCAUCGCCAGCUACGAAGGCGAACACCACCACCCAAAGAUCAGCCAACAGACAUGUUCUUCUAAGACCAGCCACUCCCAAAAUACUGCUAAAAUUCUGCUGGAUUCCCUCAACCCACACAACAACCGACAAGCUAAGCAAGCGGGUUAUUCACUGCCGAAUCUUCUCCCGAUCAACACGAUACUUCCAUAUCCCGACCACUUUGGGUACUUAAUGCAGCGAAGAUGGCCGAUCUUUGAUCCUCACCAACUACAACCUCCAUCAGUUCUGGAUAGUAUGAAUAUGAUGAUGGUGUACCAGGUGAUGAAAUUGAAGCAGGAGUUACAGGCCAGAACCCAGGAAUUCAUGAACUUCGCCACUCAAGGAAGCGGGAUCUCAGAUCUACUCGCCAUGAAUCUGCUCAACGUUCAUCCGGAGGUUUACCCUCAAGCCCGAGCAGAACCUGGUCUCUCACUCGUUGAUCUGAUGAGACUUGCCAGUCGCACACAUUGGGAUCAGUCGGGGCAAAAAUCUUCGCAACCAGAACCUUCAAGUAAUCCUCGUUGCAGACGCUCGAAUACCAUCCGGACUACAGCACCUAUACCUGGUUUGUCGACUGUUGUAAGUAGGCGACAGUCUGGGGGAUCGUCCAAUGAUUCAGACGCUUGAUUCAUGAAAAUUUAGUCUGUAAUCUUCACUAAUAAUUCAUUUGUAAAAAUUAAACGAUGUAGUACAGCAUCUUUGCGGAACUGGUAAGAGUGGGUACAUCUUUCAUUCUAUUUGUUUUUAGGCAAUGUGAGUUGAACAAUUCAAUGACAUAUUUGACUUUGGGGACCAAUCAAGGCCCAUUCAUUGAGA